AUGGCCGAGCAGGAACACGCUCACCUUGCGAUUAUCCUGGCAAGCUCAUUACGAGGGAGAGUCUCCUGUCCAGUGCCAGCGGCUUAUGCGGCCUUCAAGGAGCAGGCGGUCCGAAUGAGCUCCGCAGGGGCGGAGAUUGGGCUGUCCAAGGGCAUGUGCCAGGACAGACAUGUCAAUGACUUCCUCAUGUGCUUUCAGUGCUGGCUAUGGCGGACCUUUGGCGACCCGAGGAGCACGGGUCAGCCCUGGAGGUUGCGGAGGUUGGACCUGUCGCGAAACAACCUGACAGAUGAGAGCGUGUGCGCGGUGCUGGACAGCAUGAAGCAGCUCGACCUGCGGGUGGAUCGCGUGCUCCUCUCCGGCAACCGGCUCAGGGGCUCGGGCCUGGCCUCCGUCACUGAGUAUAUAUGGAACUGUCGCGAUCCACUGAUCGAGCUGGACCUUGCUGACAAUGAGAUCCACGGCGAGCCGGGUGAGCAGGAUGGCUUCAGUGGCCUCCUGCGAUGUCUGUACAACCAUCCCAGCUACCCGAUGAUGCAGGAGCACCGAAAGGCGGCGCCUCUGCAACUUCGCAUGUCGGGGAACUACAUCCGGGAUGCGCAACGGCUGCUGGACGACAUCCUCGCCAAUGGCUGCAAGGAUGGCAAAGCGCUCAUCCGCCUCUGCCCAAACGCCGACCCGUAUGUCCAGGAUCAUGAGGAGUUUCUGUCUGUCUUCCUGCCCGACUUCAUGCAACAGAGGGGUGCUGAUGGUCAGCUGCCAAGUCAUGGCGGCGCGAACGGACAGGACGCGACAACCACUCCCAUCACGCUGCGGAGCCGCUCACGAAAGCGCCGGAGGAGAAAGCUCGAGGCCGAGGCGGCCGCUGCCGCCAAGGCGCCGGCGCCCGCACCGGUGGAGGCGACCCCCGCGCCAGCGGCAGAUGGCCACAGGUCACGGCGACGAAAGGAGAAGCACAAGGAACAGCCGAAUACCGCUGCUGCUCCCCCAACCAAGGAGCCCCCUCCAGCCGCCACAGCCCAAGCACCCGUCAUCUCCGAGGAGGAGCAGAAGAAGCUGCAAGCAGAAGUGGGUAAGAAGCUGGCAAAGUUGGAGGAGCUGUCCAGCGACCAGUCCACUUGCGACAUGCUGUCCGAGUUUACGGUCUGCAUGCUGGUAGCGCGGAAGCCGCCGACCGAGGUGGAGACGGAGCUAGCAUCCUUUCUGGGGCAGGAGUAUGCCCAAGCGGUCGCGACUUGGUUCGUGAAGCACGUGCGACACCAUUAUAAGCCUGCAGCGAAGUUGGCUGGCUGGAAGUGA